CUAUGAGCGAGCAGUCGAGUUUUAUCAGUAUAACAUAGCAUCAUGAUGUGGAAAGUAGCGAGCUACAUAGCUAACGAUGAUAGAAAGACAGGUUUCACUUAUCACAAAGCAGCAUUUAAACUAUUAGGACUUUUUUACUGGGGAGAAAAGAAUUGGUUUCAGGUGUUUUACGAAUGGUAUCCGAUAGUCAAUCUGGGUAUCGGGGCGACAUUACUAACCAUCGAUGUUAUUCAGAAGGGUCAGUCUGCUUCUAGCAAAGCCUUCAUUGAACUCGUGAAAGGAUCGGUUUUGGUGUUCACUCUCUACUUUGCCAUGGUGAAACUAGUCCUUUUCCAAUUGUACAGCAAGGAGAUCCGUCAGGCGAUCGAUUUUUUGGAAUCUUUGCCUAAAAUUGGUGGUACUGACACUAGCGCCAACACGAGAAAGACUCUCGUCAGGUACUCAGUGCUGUUGCUGACUACCGGAUGCGGCUGGGCAUUUUUCAACAGCAUACAUACAGGUUCUCCAUACGUGUGCUACUGGCCAUUUGAGACCCCUAGGCCAAAGAUAUUUUUUCUGCUCCUCGCUUUUGUGCAGAAACUCAUGGUAAUUGGCUACUGCGUAAGCGCUCAUUCCGCUGUGGAUACGUCUUUCCCAAUGUUGGUGACUUACAUGGCAUAUCAAGGGACGAGGCUUGUCUCACUUCUAGAAACCUUAGGCAAAAAUAAAUAUGAAUACAAAAAAUUCAAGGAAGGCGUGAACAUACACAUCAAUAUCUUAAAAUCUAUGGGAUAUGUCCAAUCAGCGUUUCGCGUACUUUUCAUGUGCCAGGUCACUUAUACGAUCGUGCACGCUUGUGUCAUCGCCUUCUCAGCGCUAAAAGUCGGCAACAUAAUGUUUGUGAUUACAAGCCUUGUUCCGAUUCUCUGCUCGGCUUACGUGCAACUCUUCAUCUACUGCCAAGCAGGCGAAAGAAUGACGGACAUUAUGGACAAAAUAGCUGUCGCUGUAUGUGACAACACUUGGUACGAGUCAGACUUGAAAAUAAAAAAGAGCAUGGUUCUAAUGUUGCAAAUGGCAAAUAAGAGUGUCACCAUGAACAAAUUAGGGGUCUACACGGCAUCUUUAAAGACAUACUUGAAUAGUGUACAAGAAUCAUUUUCUUGCUUUCUCGCUUUAAAGACGGUGUCUUCUAAAUUGUGAAAAAUACACAUGCCUGUUUUUAGUUUCAAUUAAUGUUCAAUAUGUUCUAAAAAAGCACUAUCAC